AUGUCCGACUCUCUAGCCUUGCCUUCCUUCCUCACGGACAAUUCCGUGGCCGCGGCCUUCAAGGAUGCAUACACCUCGUUCUCCGAGCGCAGGGCCGCCCUCGGCCUUCCCAACCCUGGCACCUUGGACAACAUCUCCCGGGAGGUGCAGAAGGAUGUCCUGCUGUCCAACUUCAUGUUCACCGGUCUCCGGGCGGACCUGACCAAGGUUUUCGGCAUGUCUCCUCUCUUCCGUGUGUCGCACGCUUUCUCCAUGGGCGGAUCCGGCAACAUGCCCCCAUACAACUUCUCCGCCAUGUACGGAAGUCCAAAGGUCUUCAUGCAAGGCAACCUCGGAAGCGAUGGAGGUCUCGCUGCUGUCGGCAACUACCGUUGGACUCCCAAGUUCGUCACCAAGACCAAUACUCAGAUCAUGCCCGGUGGCCAGGGCUUGAUGCAGCUUGAUAAUGACUACACUGGCGACGACUUCUCCGCGUCUCUCAAGGCUUUCAACCCUUCUUACUUGGAGGGUGGUCUUACCGGAAUCUUCGUCGGAAGCUACCUUCAGUCUGUUACUCCCAACCUGGCUCUUGGCUUUGAGGCUAUCUGGCAGCGCCAGGCCAUGAACUCUCGUCCUGAAUCUGCUCUCUCCUACGGUGCCCGCUACAAGACCGCCGACUGGAUUGCCAGUGCUCAGCUGCAGGCUCAGGGUGUCAUCACCGCCUCCUACUGGAAGAAGCUCUCCGAGCGUGUUGAGGCUGGUGUUGACAUGAACCUCCAGUUCGCGCCUAAUGCCGCUGCUGCUCUCAUGGGUGGUCCCAGCCGUGACGGCACUACUGCCAUUGGUGCCAAGUACGACUUCCGUGCUUCCACUUUCCGUGCUCAGGUCGACAGCACCGGAAAGGUUAGCUGCCUCCUGGAGAAGCGGAUAGCUAUGCCCAUCGCUCUUACUUUUGCCGGUGAGAUCGAUCAGGCCAAGCAAACGGCCAAGCUCGGUCUUGCUGUUUCCCUUGAGAUCGCGGGCGAGGAACUGAUGGAGCAGCAAGAGAAGAUGAGCCCUGAGGACAUGGUCCCUCCUCCCUUCUAA